AUGUCUAAUCCUCAAAUAUAUCCCAACAAUCCCAUGAGUCAAUCAGCCCCUUCAUUUCAAUUUUCAUCCCAAGUGCAUCCAUCUCAGGGAUUUCAACCAUACGGAUAUCCUCAACAAUGGUAUCCCCCUCCAGGAUUUUCCCCACAAGGAUAUCCUUCACAGGGGUUUAUGUUUUCUGACUCUUCUAGGAGGACCAGUGUAGAUGGGAGUGGUACUGAUGGAGGCACACCAUCUUCAGGAAAGGCAGUUCAAGGUUUGGAGAAUAUAAAUCUCUCUGUUGAGCCUUCAUCCGACGAGGACGAAGAGAAUACCAACAUGCGCCGGGUGUUUUAUUCAGAUGCGGAUAGUGAAGUUCUUGCGCAAUGUUACAUCGAUAUUAGCAUCGAUUCAGUUGUUGGAAACGAGCAAAAGAUGGACAAAAUGUGGAAACGCAUUGCGAAAGCCUACAUUGAAAAUCGCCCCGCCAAGAGCGGUGCAAAUGAUGCUGAUAUUAUGGAGAUGACACAAACAAAAUACAAGCAGCAUCACGGUACAAAAGGUUUUAAAUAUGUUGGAGUUUGGAGACAUUUGAAAGAAGUUCCCAAGUUUUUCGAGGUGCAAGGAAAUGUUCAAGCAUCCAAGAGAACCAAAAAUACAGAAGGAGGAGCCUACACAUCAUCUUCUACAGCUGAAGAAACUCCCACGAGUCGCCCAAUGGGGCAUAAAGCGGCAAAGAGAAAGGAGAAGGGGAAGCGGAAAAAAGAUGACCUCGAUGCACUGCGUGAAGUUGCAAAAGAGCAUGAAACCAAGCAGCAAAAUACCUACGUAUAA